AUGUCGUCCGCCGGCAAAUGGCGCGAGGAGCAGGUCCUCAUCAUCUGCCCCGGCAGCCAGACAACCCUGGCCCAGAUGGGCUGCAGCGAAUUGACACCGCCAGCGCAUCGAUUCCCGACGAGAAUGUUCCGCGACGGGGACGCGUGGCGGCCGUAUCGUACCUAUAUGCGCAAAAAGACAGUUGCGGGUGUCGAGACGGAGGAAUGGGUAGAGGACGUGGAUUCAGACGAGGGCGCGACGUAUCCGUUGCAAGCUGGCCGGAUUGUCAACAUGGAGGCUUUCCUCGCGUUCCUCGACCACGUGCACAGCAUGCUCACGACGACAUAUCACAACACGCCCAUCAUGCUGAUGGCCUCACCGCAAUGGACACGGCCGGACUGCGAGGCGAUUGCGCAAUACAUCUUUGAAAAGACGCGGACGCCAGCUCUGUGCUUGAUCCACAGCGCCGUUGCCACUCAGUACGGACUCAAGUUUCCCACCAUGACCGUCGUCGAUAUUGGGUACGAAAAGGUCGACGUGUCAGCAAUCUACGAGGGUCGUGUCGUUCACCACGUUGAUAUUGGAAGCGGUCUGUCGGGCCAGAGGGCAAUCAGCGGCGGGGAGGUCUUCACGCGCCGACUGGAAGCGCUGCUGAAGGGCCAGGGCUUCAACAAGGACAUGGCGGAGCAAUUGAAGAGGAGUGUGAUCUGCGAGGUGCUGCCGUAUGCGAGUGGAGAGGACGCAUUGGCUGAACUGCCGACCGAGGACACACGUGGUGUGGGCGCGGCGGGCGAUGUCCCUGUCGAAGAACUGGCACUGCCGCCCAAGCCCGCCGAGAACGGCGAGGACGGUGCCGAAGGCGAAAAGGAGGCCGACGACGAUGGUGUCCUGGACGUCGCGAGCAUUGUUACGAGCGGACAGACCAAGGAAUUCCUCGCCAAGAAGGAGAAGGAGAAGGGCAAGCCGGGGCGCAAGCCCAAGGAGGUAGAGACGACGGCACAGAAAGCCGCCCGAUUAUCGAACAAGGAGAAAACCCACAACACAUUCGUCUUUGAAGAGGUCGUUCAGGAGGAGGUCAAGCCACAGCCAAAGGUCGCAGCAGACGCCGCGGCCCCUGCGCCUGCUGCCCUUGCCACUGCGGAUACAACAGCAUCAGGGGAGAAACCUGCAGAGUCGGCAAACGCUGACGGUGCCGAGCCGAAGCCCGAGUCGCAAGCUGAUGUCUCUGGCGAAGCUUCGGACGACAAGCCAGCGGCAGCGCAGCCAGAAGCCGAGCCCUCAAGCCAACCACCUGCCGAACCCAAGGUUGAGGAACUCUCAAGCGAGCCCGAACUUCGCGUCAAGCGUGUGAAGCGCGACAUUGAAGUUGGCCUCGAGCGUUUCACGUUUGCCAGCCGCGAAGAGAUUGACCGGAUCGUGCAGACCAUCUACAGGGCGAUCCAAGGGAUCGAGGAUCAGUAUAUGCGCCCCGCGUGCUGGGAGAAUCUCGUGUUUGUCGGCAACGGGGCCCGUCUCCGCGGCCUGCGCGACAAUAUUCUCCAGACGCUCAACGCGCGCCACCUCGUCUCGCCCUCGACGGCGACCAUGUUCACGUCCGAACUGCCCUCCAACGUGGCCACCCCAACGGGCACGGGGGCGCAGACACCCACCGGGUCCUUCACGGGCGCGCCGCACCAGCUUGGCCCCAACGGGGUGAGCAGCAGCAGCGGCGUGAAUCCGCUCCUUCAAGCCGCGACGACGGCCAACACGCUCGGCGUCGCCGGCGGUGCCAGCGCACCCACGACGGUGGCCACCCCGCAGGGCCCUGGCUCCGAGGCUGGGGGCGCCACGCACGUCGUGUCGCAGCACUUUCACAGCCAGACGCCCACGGCCAUCAAGACGGUCAGCCUGCCUACGUACCUUCAAGAGUGGACGCGGAACGGUUUCGAAGAGAGCAUGUUCCUCGGCGCGCAAGUAGCGGCGAGGAUUGUGUUCUGCGUGCAUUCCAAUAUGGAUGCCCAGAGUAUCGAGGCGCAGCGCAUGGCGAGCCUGAGCCGCGUAGACUACAAGUAA